AUGGUAGGCACGAUGAUAGAGAACUCGAGCUGCAAUGCAAGUACAAGCAGUAACAGCAGCAACAACAGUGGCUCGGCACCGAGGUCAGCCGCUAGUCUCAAACGCGCAGGCCCGAUGGCCGUGCCUGAGGCCGUAGCGUGGCUGGAUCAUCUCACGCUGGAGCUCACAACAAGCAGCAGCUGCGGCAAAACGCAGUACCAACUAAAUAUGCAGUACAGGCCCAGCCGGCAGAAACUCGCGUCCUGCGCGACGUGGACCGUGAGUCGAAGCUUUGACGAGUACAGAAGUUUUCAGAAACGACUUUUGAAGCGGUUGCAGCAUGGUCACUCUUGCAACGCUGAGUGCAAGUGGCUUUAUAAGGUCGCUAAGCACUACUUUCCUCACAAAUCUCUGUUCUCCAACAACUGCCCCAAGGUCGUGGCGACCAGGCAACAGACGCUCAUUCGUUGCCUUACCACUGUGCAGGCCUCACUUGUGAACAGAGGCAACCACAGCUGCCGCGUACUCGUACACGACGUGGCGGCCGAGUUCAACCGCUUUGUGGUCAAGGGAAUGAAAGACUUGGAGGCUAACGCCACGCUUGCCGACUCGUCUGAGCUCAGCGCCGUCACACGUGACUCGUUGGACUCGCUGGUUUCAGACGACGACAGCGAGUCGGAGGACGAAGAGGAAGAGGAAGAGCGCGAGUGCGACGCUUGCCAUAGCCGACAUGUGGUAUGUCGCACUCACAAUAACAUCAAACCAUAG